CGGCAGAAAUCCCGAGGGCAAACCGCCCCGCUUUCCCCAGAAGCCCACCAUUUCCCAGAAGGGUGAGGUGCUCUCGAUGGAGUGCAUCCUGGAGGCGCUACCGGUGGCCGACAUUACCUGGUACCACGGCCAGGACACGAUCACCGACGGCGAUCGGUUCAAAAUCUUGCGCAAAGCGAUCUCAAACGAUACCUACCUACUGACACUCCAAAUUUCGCAACCGACCGCCAACGACGGAGGCAUCUAUCGUUGCCAUGCUUUCAACCCGUUCGGGGAAAGCAACGCACAUAUUACGCUUAACUUUAAAGCGAACGAGAACGAUAGAGGCUUCGCUCCGUCGUUCGUGGAGAAACCCAAGAUCAUCCCGAACAGCAAGGGCACGCUGAUAACGAUGAAGUGUAGAUGUAGAUCGAAACCGAAACCGACCGUCAAGUGGAUGCGCAAGAAACAGGAGGUCAAGACGUCCAACAAGGUCUCGCUGGAGGUGAAGACCAUGGACGACGACACGUACGAGCUCACGCUGAACAUCAAGGAUCCCAGCGCGGAGGACGGCGGCUCGUACUCGUGCGUGAUCAGCAACGAGUUUGGCGAGAGCAGUGCGACGCUCAACCUAAACAUCGAGUCCGAGCAGGAGUCGACCAAGAACGCACCGAUCUUCGUCGAGAAGCCACACAUUGUGUCGCAGGACAACGGCAAGCUGGUGCGCAUGGAGUGCAAGGUCAAGACGGACAUCAAGCCGGACAUUACGUGGACGCGCGAGGGCAAGCUGCUGCAGGAGUCGAGCAAGUUGAAGAUCACGAUGACUACCGAGAAGGACGUGUACCACAUCAGCCUGGUGCUUAAGGAUCCACAGACGGAAGACUCCGGCACGUACAAGUGCAACAUUAAGAAUAUUCUCGGCGAAUUAAAUGCCAAUUUAAUUCUGAACAUCGAGAUUGUUCCUGUCAUCAAGGAGAAGCCGAAACUGGUGACGAACAUCAAGAAGCGCAUGGCAUCGAUCGAGUGCGCCGUGGCGUCUCGCUUCAAGCCGGAGUGCGUCUGGAUGAAGGAGACGACGGUGAUCAAGGAGACGCACCGACACCUGAUCAAGAUCGAGGAGACCCGCGAGGGCGAGUUCUCCGUGAAGCUCAACAUCACGGAGCUGAGCGAGGCUGACUUUGGUGCGUACAAGCUCGUGGCGAAGAACGAUAAGGGUCAGGCUACCUCGCAGGUGAUCGAGAUCAAGGACAUCGUGUUCGAGAAGCCACCGCCGACCAAACCGAUCAUCGAAACCAAGUUGAAGGACGUGGAGAUCGACGAGGGUGGUAACCUUGUGCUGGCUGUCGGCUUGGUCCAUCCGGAUCGCCACUUUAAGGUGUACUGGAUGAAGAACAAGACGCUCCUGAAGACCAGCGAGACGGUCAUUCAGGAGUUCAGCGGCCGCAUGGCUAAGCUGACCGUCAAGAACUGCAAGGCUGAGGAUGCUGGCUUCUACAAGGUAUCCAUCAGCAAUGAACAGCAGAGUGACGAGAGCGAGGCCAAGGUUACGAUCAAGACGAUCAAGAAGGACGAGAAGAAGAAGGUGACCAAGAAGGAGGAGAAGGUCGAGGAGAAAAAGGAAGAGAAGGUUGAGAUCAAGGUCGAGGAGAAGAAGGUCGAAGCCAAGAAGGUCGAAAUCAAGGUCGAAGAAAAGAAGGCCGAAGUUAAGGUCGAAGAGAAGAAGGCCGAGGUUAAGGUCGAAACCAAGAAGGUCGAGGAGAAGAAGGCCGAGGUUAAGGUCGAAGCCAAGAAAGUCGAAGAAAAGAAGGCCGAAAUCAAGGUGGAAAAGAAAAAGGUGGAAGCCAAAAAGGAGGAGAAGAUCGAAAUCAAGGUUGAGGAGGAGAAGAAGGUUGCGGCCAAGAAGGAGGAGAAGAUCGAAAUUAAGAUUGAGGCCGAGCCGGAGGAACCAAAGACCAAGGAGCAACCUGCUGCCCAAAAAGGACUGGAGGCUCCCAGUAUCGAAAUCAUCCGCGACAAAAACGGCAGCCGUCGUGGUUCGUUCUUGGAUGAUCGUCGUCCAAGUUUGUUGAUGGGUGAUGAUAGCAAACUGCGACCCGGCGAGGUGAUCGACGAACGAAAGAAACGACGACCAUCAAUCGACGUACGACGCCCGAGCAUUCAAGAUAUGGACGAGAAGAUCAACCUGCCGUGUACACCGUUGCGAGCCAUCGGAGAGGAGGGCAAGCCAGCGACCAUCGUCGACUUCCAGGAGAGCUACUCCGCUGUUGAAGAUCAAACUGGUUACAUCUCGGUUCAGGUCGAGGGUAAUCCGGCGCCUACCUGGAAGUUCUUCAAGAACAUCACCGAGCUUGUCGAUGGAGGUCGCUACAAGCACCAUACCGAUGGCGAAAGCAACACCAUCACGCUCUGCAUCCGUAAGGUCAAGCCCAACGACGAGGGCAAGUACAGGGUGGUGGUCUCCAACGCACACGGUGAGGAUUCGGCUGAAAUGCAGCUGUACGUGUCCGAUUCCAGCGGCAUGGACUUCCGCGCCAUGUUGAAGAAGCGAAAGUACGCUAAGUGGGGCAACCAGGAGAAGGAUCCCGACUGGGGUGAUCUCAAGGAGGUGGAGAAGCCAAAGCCGCAGCUCAAGAAAGUGGAACGAAAAUCAGAUACUUUCUCGAAACCGCUGGUCGAUAUCACCUGCAAGGAAGGCAAAGAAAAGAAGGUUGUGUUUGAGGCCAACUUCACCAAGCCCAACGCCAAAGCUAAAUGGAUGCUGCGGAAGGACGAAAUUUUCACUGGUUCCAAGUACAAGUUUAAGAACGAGGGUGACCAUUACACUUGUACGGUCAUGAACCCCAAGGUGGAGGACAGUGGAAAGUACACGCUGGAGAUUGCUGGAGUUCAGUGCAUGGCUUACCUGACCGUCGAAGAGGCCGAUCCAGUUUACAAGUUCACCAAGAACCUGAAGAAGACCGAGAAGGGCUUCCUGACGCACGACUGCCACCUGGAGUGCGCCGUCGAUAACUCGUUAGCGCCGAUCUCAUGGUGGAAGGGUGAAACGAAGCUCGAGAACAGCGACAAGUACGUCAUCGGCAAGGAACUUAGCGGCGCAGUUAACCUCAUCAUCAAGAACUGCGUCGCGGAGGAUGCCGACCAGUACACGUGUAAGAUCGAGAAGCAAACGGACAAGACGGAAACCAAGCUGAAGAUUCUGGAGUACAACUACAAGUUCACCAAGGUGCUCAAGAGUCAGUCUCUGUUUGUUAAGGAUACCGUUACGCUGGCUUGUGAACUGGAUCACGUGCUGGGACAGGUCGAAUGGUUCAAGGGAGACGUCAAGAUCGUGGAAAGCGAUAAGGUGCAGAUCAUCAAGGACGGUCGCAAGCAUAAGCUUGUGCUGCAGGAUGUCGCCAAGACUGACAGUGGCAUGUACCGAUGUGUGAGCAACGCCGACAAAACCGAGGCUGAAAUUUCAGUUAAACGACCGAACAAGUUCAUGAAGAAACUCAAGGACGCAACUGGAGACGAAACGCAAAAGUGCGUGCUUGAGGUGCAGGUCCAGGAUGAGGAAGCGGACAUCCAGUUCUUCCUCGGUGACCAAGAGAUCACCAAGAGUGAUAGGAUCGAUAUCAUUUCCCCUGGUGACGGUACGCAUAAGCUGGUCUACAACCGACUCGAGCUGACCGACGCGGGUGAGAUCACAUGCGUGUGUGGACCGCUCGAGAGCAAGUGUACGCUGAAGGUUAACAAGAAGGAAACGAAACCGAAAUUCGAGGUACCACCCAAAGUGGAAUCACCUGCCAAGGAGCCUAAGGUGCUGGAGGUUCCGUUCUCAACCGGUGAGUCUCGCCAGUCCAAGGUCACCGUAAAGGUGUUCAAGGAUGGCAAGCCGGUAUCACCGGAAGAAGUUGAUAUAGUUGUAGAGAACGAUAAGCUUGUUCUCAACUUUAAGAGCACUGAAUUCAAAGAUUCGGGCGAGUUUAGAAUUGUGCUUGAAAAUGCCGCCGGUGCAGAAGAGCAUACCACCCAAGUUGUGUUUCAGGAUAAACCACAGCCACCGCAGGAGCUGCAGUGCGUCAACAUCUUCCAAACACGUUGUGUCGUCAAGUGGAAGGCUCCGGAGAACGAUGGUGGAGCUGCUCUUGAGAAGUAUGUACUGGAACGGCAGGAUGUGUUCAAGCGAUCCGGUUGGGACCCGCUUACCGAUGUUCCUGGCGAUACGCUCAAGUUUGCUUGCACGGAUCUGACACCAGGCAGACAUUACAAGUUCCGAGUUAAGGCAGUCAACAAGAUGGGCGAAUCGGAGUAUUGUAGCAUGGAGGAAGAUAUCAUUGCAAAGGAUCCAUGGACCGAACCGGAUCCGCCAAGAGAUCUGAUCAUCUCCGAUUGGGAUAGAGAGUUUGUGGAACUCACCUGGAAGACACCGGCUUCCGAUGGUGGUGCUCCAAUCCAGAGUUAUACCGUUGAGUACAAGCCCUACACUGCCGCCAACUGGAAACAGUUCGAGGAUGUUGGUCCCAACCAGCUGACGACUACUCUCAAAGGACUAACGGUAGGCGAAACGUUCGAAUUCCGCGUGAGGGCAAACAACCAGGGUGGCGCAAGUAAACCUAGUAACACCACAGAGCCAUUGAAGAUUCGAGACAGAUAUGUCAAGCCAUUCAUCGAGGGCGAAGGUCUCCAGCCAAUCACACUGAAGAAGGGACAAACGAUUCGGUACUAUGUCCAGUACGGUGGCGAGCCAGAACCAGAAGUCGUUUGGGAGAAGGAUGAUAUCCUUGUCAUUUGCGACUCCGAAAAACGUAAAACCAUCGACGUUGAGCACAACGCAACGACCAUUCAAGUGCGCCAUUCAGUCCGCGCAGAUUCUGGCAACUACAAACUGAGGCUCAAGAAUAGCAGCGGAGAGUUCGUUACCCAAGCCAAGGUCUUGGUUCUGGACGUACCAACGCAACCGAUCGGACCGAUCAAGAUAGAAAAGGCAAGAGCCAACCACGUGGUGAUCAGUUGGCAACCUCCGGAGGACACCGGUGGCUGUCCGUUGACGGGUUACCUACUGGAGAAAAUGGACGUUGAAAACGGAACCUGGUUGCAGGCCGGCGAGUGCGGUGCUGACCAGCUAACGUUCGACUUCCAGCAUUUACAAAAGGGAAGGAAGUUCGAAUUUAGAGUUAAAGCAUACAACAAGGAGGGAGAGUCGACUCCUCUGGAAACACUCCUGGCGGUGAAAACUGUCAAUCCAUACGAUCCUCCGGAAGCGCCUGGCAAGCCGGUCGUUGAUGACUACGGUAUCGACUUUGUGCAGCUGAAGUGGGAAGCUCCCGAGAAGGACGGUGGACGUCCGAUUACGCACUACGUCGUUGAGUUCAAGAACAAGUUCUUGACCGACUGGACGGAGUGCGCCAAGACCGAGACGGCCGACGCCACGUGCAAGGUUACUGGACUAAAGGAGAAGGUCGUGUAUCAGUUCCGCGUACGUGCCGUCAACAAGGGUGGCGCAUCCAAGGCAUCGGAGCCUAGCGACAACCACACCGUCAAGCACAAGAACUUGAAACCUCGUAUCGAUCGUACCAACCUGAAGAACGUUACCAUCAAGGCUGGAAAGACUCAUCUCUGGUCUGCGGACGUGAAGGGUGAGCCAGAGCCGGAGAUCAUCUGGUGCUGGCGAGACAACAUUCCAUUGACCGUAACCGAGAACAUUAAGAUUGAAAAUGGCAACUACCACACCAACUUCUCGAUCAAGGAAGCUAAACGUGCCGAUACUGGCAAAUACAAGGUCAUCGCACAGAACGCCUCGGGCAAGGACGAGGAGGAAAUCGAGCUGGUCGUGUUGGGUGCGCCCGGUAAAUGCCAAGGCAAGUUGGAGAUUUCCAACGUCACGAAGAAGGGCUUGAAGCUCAAGUGGAAGAAACCAGCCGAUGACGGUGGCUGUCCGAUUACCGAGUACAAGAUUGAAAAGCUGAAGAACCGUAACGGAAAGUGGGUACGUUGUGGCACCGUGAAGGGAGGACCCGAAAUCCUGGAAGCUGACAUUACUGGACUUGACGAAGGCCAAACGUACAAAUUCCGCGUUAUCGGUGUAAACGCCGAGGGAGAAUCGGAACCCCUCGAAUCGGACGAGGUUGUGGCUAAGAAUCCAUUCGACGAACCAUGGAAACCAGGCCAACCGGAAAUUGUCGAUUUCGACAACAAAACCGUCAAAUUGAAGUGGGCUGCACCCAAGUCCGAUGGCGGUGCGCCAAUCCAGAACUACGUUAUUCAGAAGAAGGAUCGUUUCAAGGAAUGGGAAGAUGUGCUCGAGGUACCUGGAGGUGAAACUACCGCAACGGUGGAAGAUUUGAAGGAGAACACCGAGUGCCAGUUCCGUAUCAUUGCCGUCAACAAGGCUGGCCGCUCGCCCGAGUCGGAACCAACUGGAACGCAUAAGGUUAAGCAUCGUGCAUUGAAACCUCGUAUCGAUCGUACAAAUCUGAAGCCCAUUGUGGUGCGUGGUGGCAAGAUGGUUCACUACGACGUGAACGUGAAGGGUGAGCCGGAGCCAGAGAUCACCUGGUCUCUGAAGGAGAAGCAGGUGUUCAACGACGACCACUACGAAAUCGUCAACCAGAACUACAACACCAAGUUUACCAUCAAGGACAGCUUGCGCAAGCAUAGCGGUCUGUAUGAAAUUAUGGCCAAGAACCAGCAUGGUAUGGACAAAGAGGUCGUGGAGAUCACUGUUUUGGCUAGUCCCAGCAGACCAAAGGGUCCUCUGGAAGUUAAAGAUGUCACUAAGGAUGGUUGCAAGCUGAAAUGGAAGAAGCCUGAUGAUGACGGAGGCAAACCAAUUACCGGAUAUGUACUGGAGAAGUACGAUCAGAAGGUUGGACGCUGGGUGCCGAUCGGAAAAACUCCUGGAACUGCGGAAGAGUUCGACGUAACUGGACUGCAGGAAGGUCAGCACUACAAGUUCCGCGUUAAGGCUGUCAAUGACGAGGGCGAAUCUGAGCCCCUGGAGACCGAAGAGUACACCGUUGCAAAGAAUCCGUUCGAUGUGCCGAAGGCUCCUACCGACGUAGUCAUCAACGAUUGGGACAAUUCCAGCGUUACUCUGCAAUGGAAGCGGCCUUACUCGGACGGAGGUGCCGCCAUUACUGGCUAUUUCAUCGAAAAGAAGGAACGUGGUGAAACCAAAUGGGAGCCAGCUCUUACUACGCACAGUCCUGAGUGCCAAGCCAAGCUGGGAGAUUUGCCAGAGAAACACAUCUUCCAGUUCCGCGUUAGCGCGAUCAAUAAGGCCGGAACGGGUGAAGCUUCCGAUCCAACUAACUUCCAUACUAUUAAGCAUCGCAAUCUGCGUCCGCGUAUCGAUCGUACCAACUUGGCGGCGGUCACCAUCAAGGCUGGACUGUCAGUUCAGUACGAUAUCGACAUCGAGGGUGAGCCAGCACCGACGGUUAAAUGGUUGCACGGCGAAAAGGAAGUUGCUACCGAUGCCGACUACAAGAUCGACAACAUCGACUACAACACCAAGUUCUUUAUCCUGCGAGGUCGCAGAAAUCUCAGCGGCAAGUACACCAUCGUGGCGACCAACGCUCACGGUGAGGAUCGUGCUGAGGUUGAGAUCACCAUCUUGAGCAAGCCGAGUACGCCGCAGGGUCCGCUGGAGGCUUCGGAUGUGCACAAGCACGGAUGCAAGCUGAAGUGGAAGCCACCACUAGACGACGGUGGUAUGCCAAUCGAGGGAUACGAAAUUGAAAAGUUGGAUCCGCUCACCGGACAAUGGAUUCCGUGUGCUCAGAGCACCACUCCGGAAGUUAACGUUGCUGGUCUCCAAGAGGGCAAACAGUACAAGUUCCGCGUCAAGGCAUUUAACAAGGAAGGUGACAGUGAGCCUUUGGAGAUGGAGACUGUUGUGAUCGCGAAGGAUCCGUACAGCGAGCCAAGCAAGCCCGGUCGUCCGACUCCGAUUAACUGGAGCAAGGACUUUGUUGAGCUGGAAUGGACCAAGCCAAAAUCUGAUGGUGGUGCUCCAAUUAGCGAGUACAUCAUUCAGAAGCGUGACAAAGCUAGCCGUAAGUGGCAAGAUGCUGCGACGAUCGGUGGCGAUCGUACUCGUGGAAUGGUGGAAGAUGUCGAAGAGGGUCAUGAGUAUGAGUUCCGUGUGAUUGCUGUUAAUAAGGCCGGUCCGUCGGAGCCUAGCGAUAUUUCAGAUAGCGUUGUCGCUAAGCCUCGUUUCCUGGCGCCAAGAAUUGAUCGUAAGAACCUGGACAAGAAGAUUCUUCGCUCUGGACAGUUGCUCAAUGUUGAAGCAGAUAUCACUGGUGAACCAGCACCAAAGGUUACUUGGGAGCUCAAGGAAAAGGUUAUCACUGGCGGAGGAGAUGAACGUAUCAGGUUGGACAAUGAAGACUACAAGACUAAUCUGAUCAUUAGGAACCUGAAACGCGCAGACUCUGGCAUUUACAAGAUCACUGCCAAGAAUCCCUCUGGUACCGACAUGGUUGAAAUGGAGCUUGUUGUCCUGGCUAAACCAUCCAAGUGUAUGGGUCCUCUGAAGGUGUCGGAUGUGACAGCCGAGGGAUGUAAGUUGGCCUGGUUGCCACCAGAGGAUGAUGGAGGCGAGCCCAUUCAGGCGUACGUCGUCGAGCGUAUGGAUGUCGACAGCGGUCGCUGGAUUCAAGUUUGCGAAUCCCGAUUCCCAGAGGCGGAUGUUUCUGGACUCCAGGAAGGAAAGGAUUACAUGUUCCGCGUAAAGGCCGUCAACAGCGAGGGUGAAUCUGAGCCGCUGGAGACCGACACCAGCAUCCGAGCGAAGAACCCUUACGACCCACCGAGUGCUCCCGGAAAGCCCAAGGCAACCGACUGGUCCAGGAAGCAUGUGGUCCUGGAGUGGAAGGAACCGGAAAGCGACGGUGGUGCCCCGAUUACCAAGUACAUCAUCGAAAAGAAGGAUGUCAACAGCACUAAGUGGCAAAAGGCUAUGGAAACCGACGAACCUGUCACGAAGGCUAAGGUUCCGGAUCUGUUUGAGGGUACAACGUACCAGUUCCGCGUGAAGGCAGUCAACAAGGGUGGACAUAGUCCUUACUCGCCAAUUUCUGAACCAGUUUUGGUUAAGGACCGCUUUGCUCCACCAAGAAUCGAUCGUUCUACGCUCAAGAACUUGACACUGAAGGGUGGACAGUCAUUGAGGUUGGAUUGCAAGAUCAGUGGCGAGCCUGCACCGACGAAGUAUUGGUUGUUGAACAAGGCACGCGUUGAAAAGGACAACCCCGAUGUGCGUGUUGAGUUUGAAGACUAUCGUGCUAAGUUGACUAUCAGCAGCGUUACCCGUGCACACAACGGUCCAUAUGAAAUUAAGGCUGAAAAUGCUUCUGGUUACGAUGAGGUCCAAAUCAAUAUCACUGUCCUGGAUAAACCUACUGCACCAGAAGGACCGUUGAAGGUAUCGAACGUACACAAAGAGGGAUGCUCUCUGAAGUGGAAUCCACCACUAGACGAUGGCGGUGUUCCAAUCGAUCACUACAAUGUGGAGAAGUUUGACAAGGAAACUGGACGAUGGGUUCCAGUUGGAAGGACUGCCGAUACUCACAUGGAAGUCGCCAACUUGGAACCGGGCCAGGAAUAUCUGUUCCGCGUCUCGGCUGUCAACGAUGAGGGUGUAUCUGAGCCACUGGCUACCGAUACGUACAUGCUGGCGAAGAAUCCAUUCGACGAGCCAAGCAAACCAGGCACCCCGGAAGCCUACGACUGGGACAAGAACUUUAUCGAGUUGCGCUGGACUCCACCGGUCAGCGAUGGUGGAUCUCCGAUUACCAAGUACGUUCUCGAAAAACGCACUCACGGCACCAUCAAGUGGAUCAGAUGUGCCGAGGUUAUUGGCAACAAGUGCGAGGCUAAGGUGACUGAGCUAAACGAAGGUGAAGUGUACGAGUUCAAGGUUCGAGCCGUUAACGAAGCUGGUCCGGGUAUCUGGAGUGACCACAGCAAACCGAUCACCGCUAAGCCAAGAAAACUGCCACCCAAGAUCGAUCGUCGCAACCUCAAGAACCUCAGCGUUGCUGUCGGUGAACCGUUUGGCUUCGACGUCAAGAUCUCGGGUGAACCUGCUCCUGAAGUGGACUGGACCAUCAACGAUCGCAUGGUUACGGUGACUACCACUCGUACGAUCGAUAACGUACCGUACAACAGCAAGUUUGUCAACACCGAACCAGAUCGCAGAGAUUCUGGCAAGUACGUGAUCAAGGCAACCAACAAGUUCGGCACCGAUCAGGUUGAGAUCACUGUUACCGUGAGAUCUAAGCCUAGCAUUCCUGAGGGUCCAUUGGAGGUCAAGGACAUGACCAAGGACAGCUGCAAGCUGGAAUGGCAAAAGCCAAAGGACGAUGGUGGUGUUCCAAUCGAUCAUUACGUUAUCGAGAAGUUCGAUCCGGAUAAUGGUAUCUGGAUGACCGCCGGAAAGACCGACGGACCGUUCACCGAGUUCCCGGUUGAAGGACUGGUUCCUGGUCAUCGUUACAAGUUCCGUGUCAAGGCUGUGAACCCCGAGGGUGAAUCCGAGCCGUUGGAGACCGCUGGAACUGUUCUUGCCAAGGAUAGCUUCUCUGUUCCUGAUACCCCAAGCGCUCCAACGGUUGUUGAUUGGUCCGAGAAUCACGCUGUUCUUAAGUGGCCGGAGCCCGACGAUGGUGGCAGCCCAAUAACUGGUUACAUCAUUGAGAAGAAGGAUAAAUACAGUCCGAUCUGGGAGAAGGCAUGCGAAACUACGUCGCCGAACCCGACUGCUACGGUGGGAGGACUGGUCGAAGGCAACGAGUAUCAGUUCCGCGUUGUCGCUGUCAACAAGGCUGGACAGUCGGAUCCGUCUGACGCUAGCCGCACGUUCACUGCCAAGCCUCGCUUUGCUCCUCCCAAGAUUGAUCGUAGAACGAUCAGAGAUCUUUCGAUCUCUGCCGGAUCGAUGCUCAAGUUUGAUGUUGUCAUCACUGGCGAGCCAGCUCCUAAAACCGAAUGGCGUAUCAACAAGGCUCACGUUACCGAUAGGCGUGCUGAAAUUCUCGACACGGAAUACAACUCCAAGUUUAUUCUGCGUCCAGCAAAUCGUAACGAUUCUGGAGACUACGAAAUCACUGCCACGAACUCGUCUGGUCGUGACCAGGUCCAAGUUCAGGUGGUCGUUACUGACAAACCCACUCCACCGGAAGGACCGAUGCUGGUGUCGGACAUCACCAAAGAAACUUGCAAACUCAAGUGGAAGCGCCCACGUGACGAUGGUGGAUGUGACAUCGAAUAUUACCAGAUUGAACGUUACGACGAUGAGGCAAAGGCAUGGAUUCCACAUGCUCGCAGCGUAGAAACGAAUGCCGACAUCAGUGGACUGCAGAACGGCAAGAAGUACAAGUUCCGUGUCAGCGCGAUCAAUGCCGAAGGCGAAUCCAAGCCUCUCGAGCAGGAUGGUGAAUUCGUUGCCAAGAAUCCGUUCGACGAACCGUCCGCUCCUCGUGAUUGCAAGGCCACCGACUGGGGUCCAGACUUUGUCCAGCUCGUCUGGCAGCCUCCGGUUAGUGAUGGUGGGUCCCCAGUUACUGGUUACGUUGUCGAAGUUAAGGACAAGUACGGUGAAUGGGAGAGGAAGAUGCAGGUGCCAGCCAGUGCUACCGAGGCCUUCGUGCCGGAUCUCAUGGAAGGACAAAAGUACGAAUUCCGUGUUCGUGCGGUGAACGAUGCCGGUCCUAGCGAUCCAAGCAACGCCACGCCUCCAAUUAUCUGCAAGCAGAAGAACCAGCCUCCAAGAAUUGAUCGCACGAAUCUCAACGAUGUGCGCAUCAAGGCUGGAAACAAUGUUGUCUUUGACGUUAAGGUCACAGGUGAACCGAUCCCGACUACCAAGUGGUCGUUGAACAAGCGUGAGCUUAAACAGAACGAGCGUUUCAAGAUUCAGAACUACGACUACAACACUAAGAUUACGAUUCGCUCAGCAACUCGUGGAGAAACGGGCACUUACACUAUCGAAGCCGAGAAUGAAAAUGGAAAGGAUUCGGCCGAGGUGUUUGUGACGGUGUUGGAUGUUCCGAGCCCGCCUCGUGGUCCACUCAAGGUCAAGGAAAUCACCAACAAUGGAGCCACCCUGGAAUGGCUAGCUCCAGAGGAUGACGGUGGUCUACCGAUUGACAACUACAUCAUUGAGAAGCUGGACGAAACCAAGGGAACGUGGGCGUACGCCGGCGAUUCUGGAUACAACGUUUGCAAUGCCGAAAUCGAUGGUCUCAUUGAAGGACAUUCGUACAAGUUCCGUGUGCGUGCUCAGAACAAGAUGGGCAAAUCGGAACCACUGUCGAUGGCCAACGCUGUUGUGGCGAAGAAUCCGUUCCGUGCUCCUGCACGUCCGGAUAACGUCGUUAUCAAGGACUACGACAAAGAUUACGUCGAGCUGGAGUGGCAGGCCCCGGAUAACGAUGGAGGUGCGCCAAUAACUGGUUACGUGAUUGAGAAGCUCAGCAAAUAUUCUGGAGACUGGGAGAAGUGUGUUGAAGUUGAAGGAAACAAAACUGCUGCCAAGGUUCCAGAUCUCAUCGAAGGAACGGCUUACCAGUUCCGCGUAAAGGCAAUCAACCGCGCAGGAGAAGGUGAAGCCAGCAGGCCAACUGAAUCGCACAUUGCUCGUAGCAAGAACCAACCACCAAAGAUCGAUCGUUACUCGAUGUCCAACGUCAAGGUUCGUGCUGGACUCACCUUUGAGUUUGAUGUUCCUGUUCAGGGUGAGCCUGUUCCAGCCAAGGAAUGGACGCACAAGGAUAACAUGAUCAUCAACACGGAUCGCGUCAAGGUUCUUUACGAAAACUACAGAACCAAGCUGCGCGUUAUGGAUGUAAAGCGGGCGGACAGUGGCGUUUACACUUUGACCGCUAAGAACAAGAACGGCGUUGACAUCGCUGAUGUGAAUGUUACUGUUUUGGACGUUCCAGCACCACCAGAGGGACCCAUUCGUUUCGAGAACCUGUCGAAGAAUGGCGUAACAAUGAUGUGGCGUCCGCCAAAGGAUGAUGGUGGAUCUGAAAUUUUGCACUACGUUGUCGAGAAACUGGACACCGAUCAGCUCCGCUGGAUUCCGGUUGGUGAAACUAUCUCCACGAAGAUUCGUCCGGAUAACUUGAUUGAGGGUCACUCGUACCAGUUCCGUGUUAGGGCUGUUAACAAGCAGGGUGAAUCCAUCCCAUUGUCUACUUCCCAGCCGAUCACUGCCAAGGAUCCUUACGCCAAGCCCGACAAGCCUGGAAAGCCUGUGGCCGCUGACUGGGGAGAUAACUUCGUACAGCUGGAAUGGAGCAUUCCAAAGAAGGACGGAGGAUCGCCGAUCACGAGCUACAUCGUUGAGAAGAAGCCUCGUUACGGAGAUUGGAAGUUUGCUGGUGAAUUCACCGAUUUGUUCCAUCCUCACGCAAAGAUCACCGAUCUCACGAAGGACGAAGAGUAUGAGUUCCGCGUGUGUGCCGUAAACAAGGCCGGUGUGGGUGACCCAAGCGAGUCUUCCGACCCUGUUUUGUGCAAGUCUCGUUUCGUGGCCCCGCACUUCGACAAGGGCGCUCUGAGGGACAUGAUUAUCCCCGUUGGCAAGAAGAUUGCGUACAACGUUUCUGUGGAAGCCUCGCCAAAGGUCACUGCUGUCUGGAAGCGCAAUGGCGUUGUAAUUCCAGAAUCACAGAGAGUUAUUCGUGAAGAUUACAACAACGAGGUUUCUCUUGAGAUUCCAUUCUCGGUUCGUGACGACAGCGGUAUGUACACUCUCAUUGUGAAGAACGAAUGUGGCGAGUUCUCCGCCUCAGCUCACGUUACCGUGUUGGACAAACCAGCCCCACCAGAAGGUCCGCUUAAGAUCAGCAAUAUUACUACUGAGGGAUGUCGUCUGGAAUGGAAGCUACCCAAGGACGACGGUGGUAGUGCAAUCACUCAUUACGUCAUCGAGAAAAUGGACAUGUCGCGUGGUACUUGGACUGCUGCUGGAAUGAGCACUUCGCUGGUGAACGAGAUUUCGCGUCUCAUUCACAACAAGCGUUAUUCGUUCAGAGUGAAGGCUGUCAACGAGAUUGGUGAAUCGGAGGCAUUAGAAUCGUCUCAUCCGAUUGUUGCCAAGAACGACUUCGAAGAGCCAUCGCAGCCCCCGAAACCGCAGGUUGUCGAUUGGGAUGCCAACUCGGUUAGCUUGGAAUGGAAUGCGCCCAAGUCCGACGGAGGAGCUCCGAUCACAGAGUACAUUAUCCAGAAGAAAGAAAAGGACAGCCCGUACUGGAGCAAUGCUGGAAAAGUUCCUGGAAUCCAGCGUAACCUCAAGGUUCCGGAUCUUGCUACUGAAACUGAAUGGGAGUUCCGUGUUAUUGCUGUCAACGCUGCAGGAGAGUCCGAGCCUUCGGAUGCAUCGGAUGCUGUGUUGACUCGUUCGAGAUUCAUUGCUCCGAAGAUCGUUACCCCGUUGCGUGACAUGGUGGUCAAGGCUGGAUUGAUCUUCCACUUGGAUGUGAACUUUACUGGCGAGCCUGCUCCGGAAGUCACAUGGACGUUGAACGGUAAACCAGUUGAAACUGAUAAACGCACCACGUUGACCGCUGUUGGACAUCAUACCAUCGUGCACACUGUAAAUUGUAACCGUGGAGACUCAGGGGAAUACAAGCUGGUUAUCAAAAACUCGAGCGGAACUGACGAAGGCCAGAUGCGUCUAACCGUUCUGGACCGUCCAGAUCCACCAGAGGGCCCAAUGAACUACGAAGAGAUUACCGAGAAGAGCGUAACGAUUUCGUGGAAGCCACCAAAGGACAAUGGAGGAUCCGAAAUUACUGGAUACGUUGUGGAGAAGAAGGAUCUCACCCACGGUGGUGGAUGGGUCCCGGCCGUUGCUUAUGUCAGUCCGAAGUACACUCAUACUGUCGUGCCACGUCUGAACAAGGGCAACAAAUACGAGUUCCGUGUUAUGGCUGAGAAUCUGCAAGGCCGCUCGGAGGGUCUGAUGAGCAAGCACCCAGUGGUUGCCAAGGAUCAGUUUGUUGUUCCUGGAGCACCGACUAAACCGGACAUUAUCGAUAGCAACUACGAUCAAAUUACAAUCAGCUGGAAGCCACCAAUCAGUGAUGGAGGAUCGAGAAUUACCGGAUACAACAUUGAACGUCGUGAUGCUACUACUGGUCGCUGGAUCUUGGCGAAUAAGUAUCCAGUACAAAACAUUGAGUUUACUGAUACUGGCGUUACUAAGAACAAACAGUACGACUACCGUGUCUCGGCUGUCAACGCUGCCGGCCAGGGCAGUCCUAGCGAUCCAUCUCACAAAGCUUGGGCCAAACCGAUGCAGCAGAAACCGGCUCUCAACAUGGACAGCUUCAGAAAGCGGACUAUCAAGGUUCGUGCUGGUGAACCAAUCAUCAUCACUAUCCCACUGGUGGGUGCUCCCAUCCCUACCGUCGAAUGGUUCCGCAGCGGUGUUAAGAUUCCGGAAACUUCCCGAGUUUCGAUUGAUACCAACAGUGAGCAAACCGUGUUCCGUGUGGAGAAGAGCGACCGUAUUGACUCUGAUACUUACAAGAUCAAGGCUUCCAACCAGUAUGGCGAAGACGUCAAAGAAUUCGAAGUUAUUGUGGUUGAUCGUCCUCAGCCUCCAAGGAAUGUGUUUGCUCUGGAGACUACUCAAGAUACUGUCACGCUCAACUGGGACGCUCCCAAAGACGAUGGUGGUUCAGAAAUCACGGGAUACAGCAUUGAAUACAAAGAGUUCCCAUCGGACAACUGGAAGAUGGUGUACGGUACUGUUCCUCGUUGCUCGCAUACAGUCAAGCAUUUGACCGAAAACCACGAAUACAUCUUCCGUGUUCGUGCUGAAAAUCUGUAUGGAGCCUCGGAACCGACUGAGAGCAAGACCAUUUCGCCAAAGAGCCCCGAUCCACCACAGGCCGUCGACAAGCCAGUCGUCGAAGAUUUCACUCCAAGCUCGUGUACCAUCUCAUGGAAGCCUCCACGUGUGCAAACCAGACCAGUUGUUGGAUACAUUGUCGAGAAACGCGAACGUGGAACCGGCGAUUGGGUACAGGUUAACAACUAUCCAACUGCUAACCUCACGUACACUAUUCCUGAUCUGAUGGAAGGAUUCCGCUACGAAUUCCGUGUCAAGACUGUUAAUGAUGUCGGCUGCAGCAAGCCAAGCGAACCAACAGAUCCGAUCACUGCCCAACACCAGCGCAAGCGUCCGAAUCAACCAGAUCCACCGGCAAUAGAAAAGAUCGCUCGCAGCAGUGUUUCGCUUUCGUGGCGUACGUUGCGCAGAGAUGCCAAGGAAAAGAUCAAGGGAUACAUUGUGCAGUAUCGUCUCAAGGACGCCGAAAACUGGUCUGAUGCCAACAGUAAGGAUGAUUUGAUCUCAGAUCAAUAUUACCGCGUAGAGAACUUGGAAGAGGGUAAGGAGUACCAGUUCCGCCUUAUUGCUGUCAACGACAUUGGAUCGUCUGACCCAUCCCGUCCGAGCAUUUCGGUCAGCUUGGCAGAACAGCCCAACAGACCAAAGAUGGAUCUCAGCAAUGUUCGUGAUAUCACGGUAAGAGCAGGAGAUGACUUCAACAUCCACGUUCCGUAUACUGCCUUCCCGAAACCGGUUGCAACUUGGUUGGCCAACGAAGAACAAAUCGACGAUUCCGACUCUCGUGUGCACAGACAGCUUACUGACGAAGCUGCCAGCAUUGUUGUGACCAACAGCAAGCGUACGGACUCCAAGCAGUACCGUUUGAUGUUGAAGAACCCAUCUGGUACCGAUAUUGCCACGUGCAAUGUUAAGGUUUUGGAUAGACCAAGCAAGCCUGAGAAUGUCGCUGUUGAGUCCUUUGGAGGUGAACAUCUUAUUCUGUGCUGGAACACCCCAUUGGAUGAUGGUGGUUCACCGGUUACCAACUACGUCGUCGAGAAGAAGGACAAGAGCUCAUCGAACUGGACCAAGGUCAGCAGCUACUGCACUGCUACAUUCCUCAAGAUUCGCAAUCUACGUAUCAACCAGCAGUAUGAGUUCCGUGUCUAUGCCGAAAACAAGUACGGAAUGUCUGAUCCAGGACAAUCUGGUGCGAUUGUUGCCAAACAUCCGUUCGAUAUUCCAACUCAGCCGGGAACACCGACUCGAGUGGAAACCACUGAAGACUCUGUCACCAUUACCUGGACUAAGCCGGCUAGCAACGGUGGUUCGCCAAUCACUCACUACGUUGUUGAGAAGCGUCUCGCUUCUGAAGGUAGCUGGACUAAGGUACAGCAGGGUUCGCUCAAGGAUCUGGUGUGCAAGGUUGCGGGACUCACUGAAAAUCGGGAAUACAUCUUCCGUGUGGCCGCUGUUAACGCAGCUGGACAGAGUCCAUUCAGUUCUGCAUCGGAUCCAAUUAUGGUUACUGCUGCGUUCACUUCUCCGAAGAUUACUUCCGACAUUGGUAUGCGGGACAUCUUGGUUAUCGCUAAGGAUCCGUUCAAGAUCAUCGUACCAUACUCUGCUUCUCCGAGACCAGACGCCUUCUGGUUGGUCAAUGGUAACGAAGUCUCAAGAAACGAUAGAAUUGAACUUCACAUUAACGACAAUGAGGCUGUCUUCAAGAAUGAUAACGCCAAGCGCAUGGAUUCUGGAAGCUACACCAUCCAUUUGGUCAAUUGCGUUGGUAAGGAUACUGCUUCUUGCCGUGUGUUGGUUGUUGACAAGCCAACACCACCGAUUGGACCACUUGAAGUUACGGAGAUUACGCCCGAAUCUUGUACUCUGACGUGGAAGGUGCCGCUUGAUGAUGGUGGUAGUCCGAUUACAAACUACAUCGUUGAACGAUAUGAGCCGCUCGGAUACUGGACCAAGGCUAGCAGCUUUGUUCGUUCCAACCAUUACGACAACAUGGGAAUGGAAGCUAACAAGCAGUACAGCUUCCGAGUACGCGCUGAGAACCAGUACGGCAUCAGCGAUCCGUUGAUUCUUGAGGAACCAAUUAUUGCCCGCUAUCCGUUCACUGUUCCGGAUCCACCAAAUCCACCACGUGUUACCGAUUGGGAUGCCAACUACGUCACGGUCACCUGGGAACGCCCGCUCAUGGAUGGAGGUUCCCGUAUUCAGGGCUAUCGCUUCGAGUACAGAGAUGUUACUGACAGCUCAUGGAUUAUAUGCAACUUCCUCAUUAAGGACAACACGUACCAGGUGUACAAUCUGCUGCCUGGCCGUCAGUACGAGUUCCGUGUUCGUGCGCAGAACGCUGCUGGUGUGAGCAAGCCUUCGGCAUCGUCUAAGAAGUUCAAGAUUCACGGAAAGGUUACGGCACCAUCGCCACCUGGAGCACCGGCAAUUGUCAAGGUUGGCAAGAGCUUCGUUGACCUUAGCUGGACGACACCAGCCAGUGACGGUGGUUCCAAGAUCACCGGAUACUACGUCGAGAGACGAGACAUUGGUGGUGCCCGAUGGGUCAAGUGCAACGAGUCGAAUAUUCCAGUUACUGAGCUCACGGUUACGAACCUCAUUGAGGGCGGAGUUUACGAGUUCCGCGUUUACGCUGUCAAUAAUUACGGAGUUUCUCCACCAUCUGUAGAGACACGCUCGGUCAGAAUUGGUGAAUUGCUCGAUACGGAGAAACCAGAAUGGGUGCAAAGAUUGAAGUUCAGCUUGGUGCCUUUGGGCAAGUCUGUACAGCUGACAUGUGAGGCUCACGGUAAACCUGAACCAACCUGCAGAUGGCUGCGCAACGGAAAGGAGAUUACGCAUGGAGGACAGUUCGCACUGGAAAGCAAGAACGGUGUGUUCUCGCUGCACAUUUCCAACGUUACUUACCGCGAUGAGGGUGAUUACACUUGCGAGGCAAUCAACUUUGUUGGCGUCGUUCACACUACGGCUGCGGUCAAGAUUGGAGUGCCACCGAAAUUGGUCAACAUUCCAUCGGACGUGUACCUAAUCAAGGGAGAUAACGCAAAGAUUAAGCUUGGAUUUAGCGGCGACCAGCCACUGGAGGUUAACAUCUCGAAGGAUCGUGAGAAGUUGAUCGAAACCGAGCACAUUAAAUACACCGUGUUUGAUGAUUAUGCUGUUAUCUACAUCAGAGAAGUGGAACAAGUUGACCAGGGUGUAUACUUGGUCAACUUUAAGAACGACAGUGGAAGCGUUUCGUGCAACGUUAAUGUUCACGUCACUGGACUUCCUGGACCUCCAACUGGACCUCUGCUUACCAGCCAUAUUACGAAGAACAUGUGCACAAUUUCGUGGAAACCACCAGCAUCGGAUGGUGGACGCAAGAUCACUCACUAUGUCAUUGAACGUCGUGAUAUCAAGUCGCAGCACUGGCUAAUUGUAUCGAACUACGUCAAGGAAUGUCAGUUGAUCGUUAAGGGAUUGAUCGAGAACUCCGAGUACAUGUUCCGUGUGUCGGCUGUUAACGAGAAUGGAAUGGGCGCACCAUUGGUGGGAGUCGAUGCCAUCAAGGCUCGUGGACCGUACGAUCUGCCAUCGCCACCUGGUAUUCCGAUCAUCCACGAAGUGGGAGGUGACUUUGUCAACCUGGAAUGGGAGAAACCUGUCUCCGACGGAGGCUCCCGUAUUACCGGAUACUGGAUCGAGAAGCGUGAACAGGGCAUUGAAACAUGGCAGCGCGUCAACACCGUGUCGUGCUCUAUCUGCACCAUCAACUGCGUCAAUCUGGUUGAGGGACGAUUCUACGAGUUCCGUGUUGCUGCUCAGAACGAAGUCGGCAUUUCCGAAUUCUCGAAGGCUUCGCAGCUGGUAAAGGCUGAAGAUCCAGAUGUGUGCAAGGCACCAGAAGUUGUCAAGCCACUGAACACAAUGACUUGCGUGCAGAACAGAAAUGUCGAGUUUGUCUGCAAGAUCACCGGUGUUCCCAGGCCCAAGAUUACCUGGCACAAGGGAGCUCGCGAGAUCUGCUCUGGAUCGCGUUAUCAUAUGUACAGCGAUGGAGAUAUGCACCAUUUGGCUAUCAACGAUGUGUUUGGCGAAGAUGCCGAUGAGUACACUUGCCGUGCCGUCAACAAGGGAGGCGUUAAGUCUACCAAGGCUUCGCUCAUCAUCAAAUCGCCACCAAAACUGAACGUUCCUCCGCGAUUCCGUGAUACUGCCUUCUUCGAUAACGGCGAGAACAUUGAGAUCAAGAUUCCGUUCACUGGAUUCCCGAAACCAAGAUGUCACUGGAACCUCAAGGGUGAACAGAUCGAGUCUGGUAGCCAUUAUCACAUUGAAACUCGUGAGCGACACACUGUGUUGACUAUUCGUGAUGGUUCUCAGUUCGACUCUGGCGACUACACAAUCACCAUCGAGAACGAAUUGGGACAGGACACCGCCGAAAUCAAGAUUCAAAUCAGCGAUCGUCCAGACAAGCCGAAGAACCUUAGCGUCGACCAGAUUGGACUGGAUCACGUUACUCUUAGCUGGCUGGCACCAUCUUGGGAUGGUGGAGCAAGCAUUACCAACUACAUCGUUGAGAAACGCGAAGUUCCGUUGUCCACCUGGAUCCGCGCUGGCACCACCCGCUUCAAUCAGCUUAUCGUUCCGCAUCUGUCUCCUGGACAUCAGUACGAGUUCCGUUGCUUUGCUGAAAACGUUUACGGCCGCUCUGAUCCAUCAGAUCAGACCGAAUUGGUCAGUCUGAAGGAUCUGGGCAUUAAGCAAGUCAAGCGCGUCAAGUACGAGCUGGACGAGAACGGCAAGCCGAAACGCCAGGGCAAGCGUGAGCCAAUUGGAGACUACGAUACCUAUGUGUUUGACGUGUUCUCUAAAUACCAAACGAAGCCAGUUGAGAUCUCCAACAAGAGCGUCUAUGAUCUGUACGAGAUUUUGGAGGAAAUUGGUACGGGAGCGUUUGGCGUUGUUCAUCGUUGCCGUGAGCGCAAGACUGGAAAUGUGUUUGCCGCCAAGUUCAUCCCAGUGUCUCAGAACUCUGAGCGUGACUUGAUUCGCAAGGAAAUUGACAUCAUGAACCAGUUGCACCAUCGCAAGUUGAUCCACCUGCACGAUGCCUUCGAGGAUGAGGACGAGUUUGUGCUGAUUUACGAGUUCUUGUCUGGAGGUGAACUGUUUGAGCGCAUCACCACCGAAGGCUACCGCAUGUGCGAACAGGAGAUCAUUGAGUACAUGAAGCAGAUCUGCGAGGCUGUCAAGUACAUGCAUGAGAAGAACAUCAUCCACUUGGAUAUCAAGCCGGAGAAUGUCAUGUGCCAGACGAGAAACAGCAACCAAGUUAAGCUGAUCGAUUUCGGAUUGGCCACCCGACUGAACCCCAACGAAAUGGUCAAGAUCUCGACAGGAACCGCUGAGUUUGCUGCUCCGGAAAUUGUUGAGCGUGAACCGGUUGGUUUCUACACUGACAUGUGGGCUGUGGGUGUGUUGGCAUACGUUUUGAUUAGCGGUCUUUCACCAUUCGCUGGCGAGACCGACAUCGAUACGUUGAAGAACAUCAAGCAAGGAACGUGGGAGUUCGAUGAGGUUGCAUUCAAGGACGUGUCGGAAGAGUGCAAGGACUUUAUCCGCCGGCUGUUGAUCAAGACCAAGGAGAAGCGUAUGACUGCUCACGAGUGUCUGAUGCACGCCUGGUUGAGCGAUAGCUACAACAGCUCGACUUCGCUGAUCUCGAUUGAACGCUACAAGACCAUCCGCGAUCUUAUCCGCAGAAAGUAUGACAACUGGGCAUCGUUUGUGCUGCCGCUGGGUAGACUUUCGGAAUACUCUGCACUGCGCAAGUUGCUCGUUACCAAGUACAAGAUCCACGAAACCUCGUUCGACCGACGACAGGCUGCUCCACGGUUCGUCAUUCGUCCGCAGUCGGCAUUCUGUUACGAAGGACAGAGUUGCAAGUUCUACUGCCGUGUUAUUGGUGUGGCAACUUCGGUUGUGACCUGGUACCACAACAACCAGGAGCUCAAGCAGUCGGUCAAGUUCAUGAAGCGUUACGCCAACGACGACUACUACUUCAUUAUCAACCGCGUCAAGCUGGACGAUCGUGGCGAGUACAUUAUCCGUGCUGAGAACCACUACGGAUCUCGCGAGGAAGUCAUCUUCCUGAAUGUCCACCCGAUGUCUAAGCAGAUCCCUGUGUACAGGC